GGAGACACUUUGGUCGGCUCGGGACUCAAUGGUAGAGUUUACAACAACGCCAGUUUGAUAGAGGGAAAGAUCGGCCAAGGGAUAAACUUAGAUGGCAGGAAUCAAUGGAUAGAUCUCGGACAACAUAGAGACGAAUGUUUUGGGAAUUUGGAAAUGUGUCCACAUGGUUAUACGCUGUCCAUGUGGCUAAAGGUUGGACCAAAGAACGCCCCUGAGAUGUAUUAUUUCUCCAGUGGGGGACAGACAAGAUCAUCGUAUGGAAUAACCCUCCAUUGGCUGAAAGGGAAGCUCGAUGUCAGGUUUAGCACGAGGACCAAGAUUUGGACGGUGAAAUAUGACGGACAGAUGAAAGGCCAAUGGCAUCACGUGGUACUCACGUGGAACCGGGAUAAUGAGCUCCAUCUAUGGGUGGACGGAGAUGAAGUGGCUGAAGAUGCAGAACCGACGGCACGUAAUGUCCAAACUACAAAAUGGAAUGACAUCACAAUGGGACGCCCAAAUAAUGCCCAGACAAAGUAUGGUCAAGCUGUCAUUGAUGAACUGAUCUUUUGGGAUAAGAGACUGGACGAUGAAAGGAUCGAAGGCCUUUGGGAUACAUAUCAAGGAAAUGAGCAUAUUGAUGUUGUGACUCCUAACAACGACAAAGUUCAUUAUGUACUAAAUACGAAUGACCUGAAAGGACAGAAUUAUGUACGGUUUGAAUUGAAGACAUGCAAAGGAGCCUCUGUCUAUAUGGGCCCACAGCCUACAAGGAAUUACACGCUUUUGUAUCAGGUGCACUUCGGGGGUGGAGGCAACACAUAUUCAUUCAUCAAUAAAGGGAAGGGAACAUGGCCGAGAAAACUACAAAUAAAUACACCCGGUAUCGUUGACUGUGAUGAGUAUCAACCGUUUUGGGUGAGCUGGACAAAGGGGCGUCGAACGUUGACCAUCGCUGCAGGAACCGGGCUGUGCGUUGGGCUCAAUCAGAUUCUACAAUGGACGGAUACAUCAAACAUUUGGAACGUAAAUAACAUAGGAAUUGGCGCUUAUUACAAUGCACAUGCUAGCUGGAGGUUUUACAAGACCAUCGCACAUGAGGAUUGUCACAGAGUCACUGGACCAUACUAUCUUCAAUCUCUCAACUACCCGACACACGAAUGGGGCAUCAACGCUAACAAAGAAUUGUACAUCGUCAAAGGAGGGGGACAUAGGUUUGACAUGGUGCAACCGGGCCUCACAUCCGAAAAUGAGACGGUCUCAUUUGAGUCACACAGCGAGGAAGGCGACUAUCUCAGACAUCUUAAGUCAAAUCUUCAUUUGGAACAUCCCGAAAAGAGGAAUUCGAAAAUAUUUGCACUCGACUCGACUUUCAGAAUACAAAAGAAUCAGUGGUUUGUUGGAUACUUAACCUUUGAGUCAGUUAACUACCGUGGCCAAUACAUCAGGCAUCAGGGCUAUCAAGUGAAAAUAUCUAAGUUUGAAAACACUGACCAAUUCAAAAAGGAUGCCAGUUUCAAACUUGUACAUGAAUGCAAGCUAGAAAAACUUGGUAAACAGUAUAUGGGAAGAGUUUCUGAGACCCACGAUGAUAUCCAAUGUCAACGCUGGGACGCCCAGACACCCCAUUCACACAGUAAAAAGGACCCGAGCAACUUUCCGGAUAAAACACUGGCAGAUGCGAACAAUUAUUGCAGAAAUCCUGACAAUGAACCUGAGGGACCAUGGUGUUAUACAAUGGACGAGGAGAUAAGAUGGCAGUAUUGCGAUGUUCCUUAUUGUGACGAAGCAACUAUUCCUACAGAACCACCAGUUACUACACCAGUCCCAGGUCCAUGCCCUCUGUGGAUUGGCCGCGAAAUGUCGAAUCUCCCGAGGGUGGGUGGUCUUUGGAUCCAUAUAAUGACCGAUAAUAUUUUCCCUUGUGAUGGAGUCAUUGAUGCGUUCGAAUA